CUUAACACUAGUAAGCCAACAACGUGUCACAUCUGUGUUAUCUGUCAAGCCAGAUCAUCUUAUAUUUGCCCCCGUUGUGGAAUAAACUAUUGCUCUUUAGUUUGUUACAAAGCGCCAAAACACAAUCAAUGCUCAGAAUCCUUCUACCGUGACUGUUGUAUGAGUGCGAUGCGCAAUCGCUAUGUGGAUGCGGAAAGCAAAUCUCGUAUGAUGGAUAUUCUCCGGAGGGAAGCACUUAUCCAGUCUCAUGAUGCCAGUACACAGCCUGUUGAUAGCGACGAUAGCCUAACGAUUAACUUUCAACACUCAACUUCAGGGAAUACCACUGCC